CUGGCUCGGCCCCCACGGGUCUCCUAGGCUGGCCGUGGCAUCAGAGACUCACAGCAGGCGACUGGUGGCGCCGCACUGCACCUCGCGUCUUCUCGGGUUUCCUCUCCCUGAUCAUCAUGCCCCUCCAGUCCACCCUGGCGGGCCGGACCGCCCCCGCCAUCAACACACAGAUGGACGGCAGGUCCUUCGAGCAGCUGAGGCAGGAGUGUCUGCAGAGGGGCUUCCUCUUUGAAGAUCCAGACUUCCCUGCUGCCGACUCCUCGCUUUUCUUCAGCCAGAGUGUUCCUGUCAGACUGGAGUGGAAGAGGCCUACGGAGAUUUGCACCAAACCCAGGUUCAUCGUGGGUGACGCCAACCGGACCGACAUCUGCCAGGGACAGCUGGGGGACUGCUGGCUCCUGGCCGCCAUUGCAUCCUUGACGCUGAAGAAGGACGCUCUGGCCAGAGUAGUCCCCCACGACCAGGACUUUGACCACCAAUACGCAGGCAUCUUCCACUUCCAGUUCUGGCAGCACAACAAAUGGCUGGACGUGGUGGUGGACGACCGUCUGCCGACGGUGCGCAAUCAGCUGAUCAUGCUUCACUCGGCCUCUAACAACGAGUUCUGGAGCGCCUUGCUGGAGAAAGCCUAUGCCAAGCUGCACGGCAGCUACGAGUCGCUGAAGGGCGGCAGCACCAUGGAGGCCAUGGAGGAUUUCACCGGCGGCGUGGGCGAAAUGUACGACACCAAGAAAGCUUCCGGCAACCUUUUCUUCAUCAUGAAGAAGGCCUUGGACAGAGGCUCCAUGAUGGGAUGCUCCAUUGACAUUAGCAGCUCUGCAGAGUCAGAGGCCAAGUUGUCCAACGGCCUGGUAAAGGGGCAUGCCUACUCCAUCACAGGCCUGCAGGAGGUCAAUUACAGAGGCAGGAAGGUCAAACUGAUCCGUGUCAGAAAUCCCUGGGGUCAGGUUGAGUGGAACGGCCCGUGGAGUGACCAUUCCAAAGAGUGGGACUAUGUGGACCGAGCAGAGAAAAAUCGCAUUCUGCAGCACUCGACAGAGGAUGGUGAAUUCUGGAUGGACUUCGAGGACUUCAAGGCCAGCUAUGAUAAGGUGGAGAUCUGCAACAUGACACCUGACGCCCUGACAGACAAUACCAAGCGCCACUGGGAGGUCCAGCUGUUCGAGGGCGAGUGGAUCCGAGGCUCCACCGCUGGCGGCUGCAGGAACUUCAUCGACACGUUCUGGACCAACCCUCAGUUCAAACUGGAGCUGGUGGAUGCCGACGACGAAGACGACGUGUGCAGCGUUGUCAUUGCCCUGAUGCAGAAGAACAGACGCCGGCUGAGGAAGGAGGGCAUGGACCUGCAAACCAUCGGUUUCGCGGUCUACGAGGCUCCAAACAACGCAGAGCAUCAGGGAAAAGAUUUCUUCCGCAUGCACGCAUCCAAAGCUCGCAGCAAGACCUACAUCAACCUGCGUGAGGUGUCGGAACGCUUCACGCUGCCCCCCGGCAGAUACCUCCUGGUGCCCACAACCUUCCAGCCUCACCACGAGGCCGACUUCCUGGUCCGCAUUUUCUCCGAGAAGAAGGUGGCGGCUCUGGAGAUGGGGAACGACGUUGAUGCUGACCUGCCUGAGCCGCCUCCGCCCAGCGCUCCGGAGGAUGAGACAGACGAGGAGAAAUCCCUCAGGAAGCUCUUUGAGGAGGUGGCUGGAAGGGACCAGGCCAUUUCUGUCAGGGAGCUUCAGCAGAUACUGAACGGCGUCCUCAGCACGCGGAGAGAGAUCAAGUUUGAUGGCCUGAGCCUCCACACAUGCCACAACAUUAUGAACUUGCUGGAUGUGGACAACACUGGGAAGAUGGAGUUCCAAGAGUUCAAGGUCUUCUGGGAAAAGAUGAAAAAGUGGAUCAUGCUCUUCCUGUCCUUUGACACCGACCGCUCAGGAACGAUGUCCUCUUAUGAGCUUCGUAGCGCUCUCAAAGCUGCAGGGAUGAAGCUGAACAAUCAGCUCCUGCAACUGCUGGCCCUGAGGUUCGCUGAUGACAACUACACCAUCGACUUUGACGACUACCUGAACUGCAUCGUCCGCCUGGAGAACAUGUUCAGAGUUUUCCAGGCCAUGGAUACUCGCCACAAGGGCAGAGUGAACAUCAACUUGUUGCAGUUUCUGAUCUUGUCCAUGUCUGUGUGAGGAGACGCUGACAGCAAACUGAAGCCAUCAGAAGAACAAACCAGUCUGAGGGUGCACUGCCUUAAGGAGUCACUGCGCCAUAACUAUGCAGACAUACAUGUUCUUUUUUAUCUUUUAAAUGUAUUUUCUUGAAGUCUCUCCACUGUGAGUCCACGCCAGAAAAAAUAAAGUGAGACGUGUGAGGGAUUCAUCUUUGACGUUUACUGAUUUUUACUUUUUACAAAAGGAAUGUGUUCCUCUUCAUGACAACUUAAUGAACCAAUAAAUUGUGAAUAAAGCUUCUUUUUCUGCUACUGUGAAAA